AUGAUUCGAGUCUCGGAGGCAGUCGGAACCCUUGCAGCUGAUGAGGGGCAUCCGAACACAGGGCGGGCAAAUCGUGGCUCCCCUCACCUGGCGGUGACGCGCAUCUGCCUUCACCAUGGGCCUCUCCUGCCUUACCAAAGUGUGGCAGCACCGUCGGCCUGGAAAUGCUUAGCAAUGCUGAGCACGCAGCUAGCUGUGGCCGAGAAGCUGCUGAAGGAUGUUGUCCCAGAAGGGGCCCCUCAGGAGAUCAUCUCCGUGUCCUCCAAGCAAGAUGAGCUUGGUCACCGCGUCGACUAUGUUGAGUACGCUUAUCAGUGGAAGUUUGACGAUGCCAUGGCGAGGCAGCUCCGCAGGAAGAAGUUUCAACUUCACUGCAAGGCUGCGGUAGUCGUGGCCAGAAAAAAGCAAUUCGUGCUGACCAUUGCCUCAGAGGAGAACAGGUGGCCGGUCCGUGGUGACGACUAUAAGAUUGCGAUCGACACUUUCAAGCUGACCUACUGA